AUGGUAGAAAAUGGCGGGAUGAGAAGGUUUCACAGUAGACAUGUGCUUUACUCUAUUAAACAACUCUGCUUCACAACAACUAGCAAAAGAAACACAACCCAUCAAAAACAGUCCCUUCUCCGCUUCAAGUCCUCCUUUAUCGAUGCCUACAACACCUCAGACCCAUCACUUUUGGACUUGGGGUCUUGGGACUCCACUUCUGAUUGCUGUGCAUGGAAUAGAGUUGUUUGCGGUUCCCAUUCACGUAGCAUAGUAGCUCUAAACCUUAGCGAUAUUUAUACUCAACUACAACACUAUAGUAUCAAUCCAAAUAUCUUAGACCCCAUUUAUAGCAUCACAUCUUUAUCGCUUCUUAAUAUCUCUUAUAACUUUAUAGGAGGGGAAAUUUCAGGCAAAGGAUUGGCUAAUCUCACGAAACUAGUUCACCUUGACAUGAGUUCGAAUGAGUUUAACGGCACAAUUCCAGCACAAGUUUUCCAGUUGAGGAAUCUGCAAUUUCAUGAUUUAUCUUAUAAUUCACUGAAGGGUGGUUUAAGUAGUGAAGUUGGCAAGCUUGGAAAUUUGAGGACUCUAAAGUUGGAAGAGAAUCGGCUUGAUGGAUAUGUUCCUGUGCAGAUUGGAAAUCUGACAAAGUUGCAACACUUUUCUAUCAAUUACAACAAAUUUUCGGGGCGUAUUCCAGAUUCAAUAGGGUAUUUGAAGGGAUUGGAAAGAUUAUACAUGAGCGAAAACAGUUUCAGUGGUUUAAUACCUCCAUCAAUAAGUAACUUGAUCAGGUUGGAAACACUUCUCUUGGAAAAUAAUAGGCUUUCUGGAGAAAUCCCUUCAAGUUUGUUUGACAUAGAGAGUCUCAAGAUCUUAAAUCUUGGAGGAAACACAUUAACUUGGAAUAACAAUGUCAAAAUAGUUCCCAAGUGUAUGCUUUCUCAACUCUCUCUCAAAUCAUGCAAAUUUUCUGUAGACAUUCCGGAAUGGAUUUCCACUCAGAAAAAUCUUGAUAUUAUCGAUCUGAGCGACUGUAAUUUGACAGGAAUAUUUCCUAUUUGGCUUGCUGAAAUGGAAGUUAAAAGUAUACUUCUGUCGCGUAACAAGCUUACUGGUGCAAUACCAUCUCGCCUUUUUCAAUCUGCGAGUUUAUCCAUUCUAGCUCUUUCAAAAACCAAUUUUUCAGGAGAGUUGCCAAAAAAUAUAGGUGAUGCUAAUAACAUCAAGGUACUUAUGCUGUCUGCAAACAGUUUUUCCGGGGCCAUUCCAAGAUCCAUUGCUGAUAUCCCUCAACUAAUGCUAUUAGACUUGUCAAGAAACAAAUUAUCUGGCAACACGUUCCCAGUUUUUGAUCCUGCAGAUUGCUCACUCAUUUAUGUUGAUUUGUCCUCUAAUGAACUUUCAGGUGACAUUCCUGUGUCAUUUUGCGGAGGAACCAGUAUUCUUGCACUGGGGGGAAAUAAGUUUUCUGGUAUGUUGCCUAGGAAACUCACAAAUAUGAUAAUGCUUGAAUAUCUUGAUCUCCAUGACAACAACAUUACAGGUAAUUUGCCAGAAUUUCUUUCCCAGCUAUCCUACCUUCAAGUUCUUAGUCUACGUAACAAUUCUCUACAUGGCUCACUACCAACCAAGUUGUUCUCCAACCAAAGUAGCCUCAAAAUCCUUGAUCUCUCAAUCAACAAUCUUGUUGGAAAUGUCCCAUCGGAGUUGGAAAAUCUAUUUGGAGGUUGGGCUUUAUAUGCAAGUGGACCUGAUAUUGAUAAUGAAAUGGAGCUGAGCUGGACUGAGGGCACGAUUAGAUCCUACAGGGGCAUGUUCACUUUUACAAUAGAAAUCAAUGACCUUACAGUGAAUUGGAAGAAUGCUAUACAAGGUCUCUCAAGUCAUAACCAGCAGUUCUAUUCUUUGCUAGACUUGUCGAAGAAUAAGCUCUCCGGUAUUAUUCCAGCUUCAUUAGGAAAGCUCAAGUAUCUAAAGCUACUGAACAUCUCCAACAACAGGCUCUCUGGAUGUAUACCACAAAGUUUUGGGGAUCUUGAGAGUAUAGAAACAUUGGACCUAUCCAACAACAAUAUUUCUGGUACAAUUCCAAAGUCAUUUAUGAAGUUAGAUGAACUCUCUGUGUUAGAUGUGAGCAACAACAAGCUAAGUGGUGAAAUCCCGCGGGGUGGACAAAUGGACACGAUGAAUGAUCCGAGUUAUUUUGCUAACAACAGUGGGUUAUGUGGCAUGCAGAUCAGGGUGAAAUGUUCAAAAGACGAGCCACCACCAGAUGAUGGACAAGAAGAGGAUGACCUUGAUGAAAAAGAGGAAUGGUUCUUGUGGACAGGAGUGUGGAUUGGAUUCCCACUGGGCUUGAUUUCAUCAGUAUUAACAGCAUUUCUUGGUGGGUAUUUUGUUAUACCGAUAACAAAGUACCACUCGAUUCACUAUAGGCAAAGAUGA